AUGGCUAGCCUCGUGCAGUACCAGGCGGCGGCGGCGACGUCGUCGACGGCGAUGGCGUGCGAGGAGGCCGAGUUCAUGCCGCAGGGGCUGAUCUCCUGCUUCGGGCGCUCGCUGUCGAGGGCGUCGUCGGGGCGGCACCUGGAGUACUGCAGGGAUCUGAGCGGCGGCGGCGGCGGCGGCGGCGAGGAGAGCCGGCGCAUGGCGCAGGAGCGGUCGGCGAGGGCGAAGCUAAGGUGGAAGGCCGUGGCGCAGGAGAUCAUCAUGGCGAGGAGGAGCGGCGGCGGCGGAGGGGGAGGGGGAUCACGGAGGAGGAAGCCGACGGCGUUCAGCUACGACUCCAAGAGCUACGCGCUCAACUUCGACGACCAGGCCGGUGCCGAGUAAGAGCUAGAGCGCUAGAGCUACGUCGCCGGCCU